AUUAAUUAGGUAUAUGUACCUAUAAAUAUAACGAGAGUUUUCACUAUAAGUAUUCAACGCCUUCCUGAACUACUGCUGAGACCGUCUGAAGUCACACUAAAACCAUCUUUCAACAUGUACAAGUUUAUGCUUAUUGCUGCCCUCUUUGUUGCCGGUGCAUAUGGCGAGUGUAAUACAGGCGUAGCCGUCGGUUGUAUUGUUGGCAAAAUUAACGAAGUAGCAACAAACCUUAACCGUUCUGAUUUAUGCAGUGACUUGACCAGCGUUGCUAAUUGCAUGGCCGCAGCAGACUGCGCAGGAAAUGCAGCAUUCUUGACCUCCAUGUGCGAUGACGCCAACUGCAAUGUUAACGUCGGUACCGAAUGUAUUCUGAGAUUGGGUGCUGGUUUGGGAAUUUUGUCCAGCGGUGCUGCUGCCGGUUCAUCAGCUCUCGGAGCUUGCAUUAGCGGUUCCCUGUGUAUGGCCCCAGAGUUGGUUCCACUCAAAACCGGAAAUGUUUGUGUACCUUUGGAUGCGAAAGUUUAAAGAAAUCUCUGUGGAAUACUUGAACUGGACCUUCUGAAUAACGACUCCUGACAUUCUAAUCUUUGAGAAACGUUUCAUUUCUUCUUAAUAAACUCUUUCGCAAACUAUA